AUGGCACCAAAGGACGCAGCGAAGUCCAACAAGGGCAGUACGUGACUACACCUGCGCAACGCCGCAAUUGCAAUGCUACUCCAACCGCAUCAGAGCGGCGCCGCACCCUUUUGACCUACGUCUUGAAGAGAGUAUACUGACAUGGCUGUACAGAGGGCGCAAAGCCCAGCAAGCCGUCCGCUCAGGCAUCUGCUGCCGCAAAGGCAACUCUGCGCGGUGUAAGCAUCCCAGCGUCAUGAGAGGCGUGUCAGAGAACCCAUCAUUCUGACGGCCUGUUUCUUCAUUGCAACAGGUCAACUCGCACAAGACGCACAAGGUCCGCAAGACCACCUCCUUCCACCUCCCGAAGACCCUCCAGCUCUCGCGUGCGCCCAAGUACCCGCGCAAGUCGAUCCCACACCAGCCCCGAUUCGACGCUGAGAAGGUCAUCGUCCAUCCGCUCAACACCGAGAGUGCGAUGAAGAAGAUUGAGGAGAACAACACCCUGGUCUUCAUUGUCAACGUCAAGGCGAACAAGAGGCAGAUCAAGCAGGCCCUCAAGACCCUGUACGAUGUCGACACCGUCAAGAUCAACACCCUGAUUCGGUAGGCCAUCUCAUAGCGUUGUGCAAAUGGACAUUUGCUAAUACAUCACAGCCCUGACGGCACCAAGAAGGCCUUUGCCCGCCUGACACCUGAUGUUGACGCCCUUGACAUUGCUGCCACCAAGCUGGCCAUUGUCUAA